CCCAGUUUUCUUCUAUAUUAUGAACUGCUCCCUCUCAUAUUUCUUACCAGAGCAGAAUGCGUCAAGACUCGUUCCUUUAUCUAUAUUUACUCCCUAUAUCAGGAGUUGCCAAACCACUUUUGUAAAGGGUCUGCAACCGCUGAAGGUCCAACAGAAGGCUAAAGACAAACCACCAGGAAGUAAAGUCACCAUCAAACCACCGCGAGCUAAGGCACUGCCCUGGAAAGUAUCUGAGAAGCCAAAGAAGCUGCUUUCUGUGAUUAAAAGACAGGGCUGGCUCCCUCAGGAGGGAAGUGUGCGGCGACUCCUGUGCACAGACCCCAGCUGUGACAUCUGCAAUGAUGUGGCUCUGGAGAUUAAGCAGCUACUGUCUAUUGAGCAUACCUCGACCUCCAAAACUUCAUUAGCAUCAUCGAAGGGCUCCUCUGGCCCAGAGUUUGGGUCUGCAUCUAAUCUGUCUCUCGAGAAGAAUGCGGAUUCCUCACUCGCCAAAGGGGUUCCAUCUCCACAUAAAACCACCACUGUGUCCCAAGUAGCUGCUAAGAACUCUAUACCUCGGUCCAUUGCCCAGUCACCUUAUACAGGCAACAUCAAGGAUUUAUGGGUUGGCCAUCAUCACCCAUGGACGGGAAUUCAAGUGCCAGAUGUGUGCCGGGACAAGGCAGCUCAGUCUUCUUCAAUCUCUGAAAAGCCUGCAAUUCCUGUCAACAAGAAAGAUGAGAAGAAGACCAACACCAAACGUGUCCAGGAGAAAAAAGAAGGUGCAGAAACUGGUACAGGAAAUAAGAUGGAAGAUUCUCCACACCCCAAGAUUAACCCUGAUGUGAAAAGUCCACAGUGUAAAGACUCCUUUCUCAUUGCUAAGAAUGAGCCAACGACCAAAAUCGCAACAAAAACAUCCGAGAAGGACCUAGUCCUCACCAAACAAAGGAGGGAAGCUAAGUUAGAGAAGACAGCAGAGGCAGAGAGCUUGAUCUUUUUUGAUGCCCCCCAGUGCCCACAGCGUGAGCUCCAGUAGCGUUCUGUGCAUGCCAGCCAUUCCUUGCUCCUAUGCCCUGCAAAGAACAUCAAGAAGCAUAAUUCUCAGCUGACAGGUGCUAUUCAUGCAGAAAAUAAUUUCCAGGGCUCCCAUCUCA